AGCACAGGCCGCAUUUAAGGGGCCUACUAGAUAAAUAUCAGAUAAUGAACCAAAUUUCUACUUUGCAGAGGGAGAUCUAUGGGGUACACGAGAUGAUAUCUGAGAGGACAUCUAGACAGCGCUCUGAAUCGCUGCCUUCUCUAAGGAGGCGGGUAAAGGCCUUAGAAGAGGAGCAUGGAUACGAUAGGAGACGCAGUAGUUGUACUUUCCUGAAGGACAAGGUUAAAAGGUUACCUGAGCUCAUCAUCGCGCGGUGCCACUACAGAAGUGCUAAGAACGAGGACUAUGACAGCGAUGAGGAAGACGAGAGGAAUGGUGUUCCUACCGUACACACCCAGCACCGUGGUGGCCAGUUCACCUCGGAUAUGAGGACAGUAGUCGCCGAAAGACACGAAGAACUAAUAGACCGCAAGUGCGAACUACAGGGGGAGCUAUACGCCGCAAAGCAGCGGUACCUCGACGCGCGCGACUGGUUCAUCAACACCUCCUCCAACUCGCAAUUGGAUGCGAAAAAGUGCUUCAGAUACCGGGAACUGGAAGAGAAAUACGUAGGCCUGACGCGUAAGUACUUCAAGCUCGAAGACGAUAUAAACGAGCUCCAGGCUAUGCUCCUCAGCUUCGGGGAAAGCGCAUCCGCGCCGGUGACGGUGCCAGUGACGGUACCGGCGCCGGUGCAGAAGAGCGGCCAAUGGGAUAUGAACAUGCGCCGUUCUCGCAUAUGGACGUUGGCGAAUGCUAGCUAUGAGUGGGGGUCGCCUGAUGAUCUUUCAACGAAGGGUUUGCGGGGCAAAAUUGGUGCAUCUAGGACGUUUUGAAAUGUUUAGGUAUAGUAAUUUAUUCUGUGUUUACGGUAUAGCUUUGUUCUAUCAUAGAACAUCAGGGAUCAUGUUGCGUAGAGCGAGAGGUAGGGCAGUAUAUAUAGGUAUAUUAGGGAUAUCGGUGGCUGAUUCAACCCAUGCUUAACCCCGAGAAUAGGGGAGGAUGUCCUGCUUAUAUAGCGGUUUAUAUAAGAAUUAUUAUACAUCAG